AUGGUUUUCAACUAUAAAAGAAAGUCGGAACGAGGAAGCACCUGGACAGAAACAUCCAUGGAACAUGCAUUGCAAGCAGUGCGUAACGGGGAGUCGAUAAGAAAAGCGUCUUUAAUAUAUAACAUUCCAUUCUCAACGCUCCUUAAGCAUGUGAAGUCUAAUAAAACUACUAAAUCUCUGGGCAGAUUUAAGACGGUUUUCACUCCAGAAGAAGAACAAGAAUUUGUUACCCAUAUCAAAGAGCUUGAUAGCCGUUUUUAUGGGCUUACGCGACGAGAUCUUUGUGUGUUAGCAUAUCAAUACGCCGAAGCGAACCACAUUAUUCAUUGUUUUAAAAAUAAUGCAGCGGGUCAGCAAUGGUAUCAAAAUUUUAUGAAGAGACAUCCUGAGUUAAGCUCACGGACACCUGAGCCGACCAGUGUUGCACGAGCCAGUGGCUUUAAUCGCCCACAAGUGGAGAGGUUUUUCGAAAAUUUGAGGGACGUCAUCGAGAAAAACAAUAUUUUGCCUGCAAAUAUGUACAAUGUAGAUGAGACAGGGAUCCAAACCUCUACAAAUAGGCCUCCUAAGGUUAUUUCCCUGAAAGGCAAAAAGGGAGUUGGAGCUAUAUCUUCCUCCGAGCGAGGCACACUAGUAACGGCACUGUUUUGUUGUUCCGCUGCUGGGGCAUAUAUUCCUCCUCACUAG